GCGGCCGGAAGUGGGCUGCGCGAGGGACUGCGGAUCAGCGGGAGGCUUCGGGUCCCUGGGCUGGCGCCGCAGAUGCGCGGGGCCCGGGGAUGAUCUUCCCAGCCGCCCGCUGCGCGCUCCGCUGGCUGCCGCGGCCUGGGAGCCGGGCGCUGACCCUCGCCGACAUGGAGGUGGCUCUGCGAGGCGUGCGGAAGAUCCUCUGCGUGGCCGAGAAGAACGACGCGGCCAAGGGCAUCGCCGACCUGCUGUCCGGCGGCCGCAUGCGGCGGAGAGAAGGACUUUCCAGAUUCAACAAGAUCUAUGAGUUUGAUUAUCGUCUGCAUGGCCAGAAUGUCACCAUGAUAAUGACUUCAGUCUCAGGACACUUGCUGGCUCAUGAUUUCCAGAUGCAGUUUCGCAAAUGGCAGAGCUGCAAUCCUCUUGUCCUCUUUGAAGCAGAAAUUGAAAAGUACUGCCCAGAGAAUUAUUUAGACAUCAAGAAAACUCUGGAGCGAGAGGCUCGGCAGUGCCAGGUCCUGGUGAUCUGGACCGACUGCGACAGAGAAGGUGAAAACAUCGGGUUUGAGAUCAUCCACGUGUGCAAGGCUGUGAAGCCCAGCCUGCAGGUGCUGCGAGCCCGUUUCUCUGAGAUCACUGCCCGCGCUGUCCAGGCGGCCUGUGAAAACCUGAUGGAGCCUGACCGCAGAGUGAGCGACGCCGUCGACGUGAGGCAGGAGCUGGACCUGCGGAUCGGGGCUGCCUUCACCAGGUUCCAGACCCUGCGGCUGCAGAAGAUCUUUCCCGAGGUGUUGGCGGAGCAGCUGAUCAGUUAUGGCAGCUGCCAGUUCCCCACCCUGGGGUUCGUGGUGGAGAGGUUCAAAGCCAUUCAGGCGUUCGUGCCAGAAACCUUCCACAAAAUCAGAGUGACUCAUGACCACAGGGAUGGCGCAGUGGAGUUCAGCUGGAAAAGGCAUCGGCUCUUCAACCACACGGCUUGUCUUGUCCUCUAUCAGCUGUGCAUGGAGGAUCCCAGGGCGACCGUGGUGGAGGUCAGGUCCAAGGCAAAAAGCAAGUGGAGGCCUCAAGCUUUGGACACUGUGGAACUUGAGAAGCUGGCUUCUCGGAAGCUGAGGAUAAAUGCUAAAGAAACCAUGAGGAUUGCUGAAAAGCUCUACACUCAAGGGUACAUCAGCUAUCCCCGAACUGAAACAAACAUUUUCCCCAAAGACUUAGACCUGACAGCGCUGGUGGAGGAGCAGACCCCGGACCCGCGCUGGGGGCCCUUUGCCCAGAGCAUUCUAGAGCGGGGCGGCCCCACUCCACGCAACGGGAACAAGUCUGACCAAGCUCACCCCCCCAUCCACCCCACCAAGUACACUGACAGCCUGCAGGGGGACGAGCAGCGACUGUACGAGCUCAUCGUCCGCCACUUCCUGGCCUGCUGCUCCCAGGACGCCCAGGGCCAGGAGACCACCGUGGAGAUUGACAUCGCGCAGGAGCGCUUCGUGGCCCACGGCCUCAUGAUCCUGGCCCGAAACUAUCUGGACGUGUACCCCUACGAUCGCUGGAGCGACAAGACCCUCCCUGUGUACAGUCGAGGCUCCUGCUUUCAGCCCAGCACCGUGGAGAUGGUGGACGGGGAGACCAGUCCGCCCCAGCUGCUCACUGAGGCCGACCUUAUUGCCCUCAUGGAGAAGCACGGCAUCGGUACCGACGCGACGCACGCGGAGCAUAUCGAGACCAUCAAGGCCCGGAUGUACGUCGGGCUCACGCCAGACAAGCGCUUUCUCCCCGGGCACCUGGGCAUGGGGCUCGUGGAAGGCUAUGACUCCAUGGGCUACGAGAUGUCCAAGCCUGAUCUGCGGGCCGAGCUGGAGGCCGACCUGAAGCUCAUCUGCGAGGGGAAGAAGGAUAAGCUCGUGGUCCUGCAGCAGCAGGUGCAGAAGUACAAGCAGGUCUUCAUCGAAGCCAUGGCCAAAGCCCAGAGGUUGGACGAGGCCUUGUCCCAGUACUUUGGGGCAGGGGCGGAGCUGGCCCAGCAAGAAGCCAUCUUCCCAGCUGUGCCGGAGCCCGUCAGGAAGUGCCCGCAGUGCGGCAAGGACAUGGUCCUCAAGACCAGGAAGAGCGGCGGGUUCUACCUCAGCUGCACGGGGUUCCCGCAGUGUCGCUCGGCCGUGUGGUUCCCGGACAGUGUGCUGGAGGCCAGCAGGGACGGGAGCGUGUGUCCGGUGUGCCAGCCACACCCCGUUUACAGGUUGAAGUUCAAGUUUAAGCGAGGCAGCCUUCCCCCAACCAUGCCACUGGAAUUUGUCGGCUGCGUUGGCGGAUGUGACGAGACCCUGCGGGAGAUCUUGGACCUCAGGUUUUCACAGGGGCCCCCCCGAGCUGGCCAGCCAGUCAGCCAGCCCUCCGGCCACCUGCAGGCCAGCCAGGCCCUGAACAGAAUGGGCAGCAGCCAGCACGGCCACCCCCAGCCUCCUGCCACCAGGCCCUCGAAGGCUCUGGCCAGGACCCUGCCCCUGCCCGCCGCCGAGGGCGAAAGCAACUCCGUGACCUGCAACUGUGGCCGGGAGGCCCUGCUGCUCACCGUCCGGAAGGAGGGGCCCAACCAGGGCCGCCAGUUCUACAGGUGCAGCAGCGGCGGCUGCAGCUUCUUCCUGUGGGCCGACAGCGGCCACCCAGAAGCAGGGGGGCGUCCCUCCGAGGUGCCCAGACCCCCGGGCGGCUCACUGGGACACCCGCCGGGCUCAGGGAAGCCCCUGGGCGGGCCCAGAAGCCCCGGCGAUGGUGGCGGUGGCGCGUGCUGCCUGUGCAGCCAGCCCGCUGUCACGCGCACUGUGCAGAAGGACGGGCCCAACAAGGGGCGGCAGUUCCACACGUGCGCCAAGCCCCGGGAGCAGCAGUGCGGCUUCUUCCAGUGGGUGGACGAGAAUGUGGCCCCAGGGACCUUUGGAGGCCCCCCCUGGGCAGGAGCCAGAGGAGGAAGCCAAGGGCCGGAGGCCAGAAGCAAAAGGGCCCGGGCUGGUUCCUCGGACGCAGGGUCCGCGGCCAAGAAACCCCGGAAGUGCAGCCUUUGCCACCAGCCUGGACACACCCGUCCCUUCUGUCCUCAGAACAGAUGAGGGCAGGGUAGGGCCAAGGGGGCCACUGCCUCCACCUGCCGCUUCUGUCUCGGGAAACGAGCUGUUUCUCCAGGGCCACGUGGCCCUGCGCUGCCAGGGCGGCUUUGAGGAAAGUGGCUGCUCUUGGAGUGUGGCCUGUGUUCUAAGGAGUCCGGGUCCAGACCGCGCUCUCAGGAAGGCCACGCCUGGUGGACAGUGGCCCUGUGCCUGGGGCUCAGGAACGGCCACGGCCACGGCUGAGAAGCCAUGGAGGCUGCCCCCUGUGAUCCACAGAUGCCCUGAGAAAGGGUAGGAUGGCAGGGAGUCCCCCGUUCAGAAGUUGUGGCUACAGAAGGUUUAUCCCUCUUCAUCUCGAAGCUCCUGUGGCCAGGACACCCCACAGCUCAUGUGCCUCAAUAAAGGAUUCUACCCCUUGA